AUGUGUUCGCAAAAAAUCGCCAGAAAAUUGGAAGCUACGCAAUCCCGGCUGAAAAACUUCUCCACCAACAUACGGAAAACGGCAAAAAGCAAGCAAACAAAAGGUUUCUUCACUGCCAGAAAGAAUCUCUUGGAAAGUUACUGGACGCAGUACAAGGAAGCUCGAGAAGAUUUGUUGGCCAAUAUUUAUGACGGUGCAAAGGUGGAAGUGAGUGACACAAUAAAAGCGUUAGUUAGCGAAGACAGUUACAUGGAAAUUGAAAUAAUUUAUUCGGAAAUGAUGGGAGAGCUAAUCGAUGAGUUAGAAAGCACUGAAGUUAUAGAAUCUCCAGGUAAUAACGAAACUGUAAUUAAAGGUGUGUCAAGCAUGGAACUGACGUCUAAUUUACCACGUAUUAAAAUUCCGUCGUUUGAUGGUAAUUAUCUGCACUGGUACGCAUUUAAGGAUUUAUUCACGUCAGUUGUAUCAAAUAACGUUGCAUUGUCUAAUACACAGAAACUUCAAUAUUUAAAAGAUGCGUUAGUGUUGGACGCUCAACACGCCCUAGACAACAUUACUACAACAGAUGCACAUUGGGCAGUAGCAUGGAGUUUACUCGUCCGCAAGUAUGAGAACAAGAGGAUCAUUCUUAAUGCGUAUUUAAAACAAAUUGUUAAUUUAACAACGGUGUCUGAUGGUUUACCAAAUAGUUUACGCUUGUUAUGUGACACCAUCACGUCAGCUGUGCGUGCGUUAGAGCAAUUGGGUCGUCCAGUGCAGCAUUGGGACGAUUGGUUGGUCUUUACCCUUCUCCAAAAAUUAGACACGAAAACACGCUCAGCUUGGGAGCUGUCAACAACCAGUUUAGAACAAAUUCCAAAAUUUGAGGAGCUGGUCAGUUUCUUAGAAAAUCGAAUACAUUCGCUGGAGGUAGUUAAUAGCAUGACCGAUAACUCUAAUCAGGAGAAAAAGUUUGUAACACCUAUCAGAACAAAGGGGUUCGUGAAAAGCCAUCAUACCACUGUUCAACAAUGCGUGCAUUGUCAAGGUAAGCAUUUACUGGCAUAUUGCGCAGAAUUUCGGCAAAUGACUGGGACAAAGAGAUAUGAGGUAGUCAGAUCUGCAAGAUUGUGUUUCAAUUGUUUGAGAACGGGACACAUGGGUCAUAAUUGUCCAUCGAAAUAUCGGUGUCUGCGAUGUAAUGCAGCGCAUCAUACAUUACUACAUGACCAUAGUGGAAGUGGUGGAGAAACUAAUUACUCAAAUAUACCGGAAAAGACCACUGAAGCGACUAAGAAAUACGCUGUCACAUCAAAUAAUACAUACAUUUCCAGUGCUAAUCAAGGUGCUCGAACUUUACAUCUACAGACUGUUUUAAUUGGCACUGCAUUGAUAGAGGUAAGGAGUCCUUCUGGUCAGAAGCUUAUUGUGCGAGCUCUUUUGGAUAGCGCGUCGGAAGCAACGUUUGUCAGCGAAUUCAUCGUGCAGCGGUUAAAACUGGACAAAACAAAUGUCAUAGUGCCGGUGAGUGGUGCAAAUGGUGAAAGGGUCGCCAAUUCAAGAGGAAUGGUUUCAUUUACAAUCCAUUCGUUAAAAUCCGAUUUCAACAUGAAUUGUGUUGCACUAAUACUUCCACGAGUGGGUAGCGUUACCCCAACCAUUCCCAUACCGAAAGAAGCGCUUGGUGAGUUCAUGAAUUUAGAUUUAGCUGAUCCUCAAUUACAGGUUCCGGGGGCAGUCGAUAUGAUUUCGAGCGCUUCAGAUUAUGCUGCUAUUGUCUAUGAGCGACUAAAACGGCAUCCAACUAACAAUAUUGUUGCCCAAUAUACGCAACUCGGUUGGGUAAUUUUUGGUGGACUGUCGCGACGAAAGGGUAUUUCAGUGAAAGGACAAGUUAAUUGCUGUCAUACUCGGGCAACAUUGCACGAAAUGCUACAUAAAAUUUGGGAAUUGGAAGAAAUAACAAACCACGCUCCGUUAACAAAAGAUGAAAUGUACUGUGAAGAUUUUUUUGAGCGUACAACUGUACGCAACGCAACGGGUCGAUAUGUGGUUAGACUACCAAUCAAGCAGAAAGCUGAUUUGGCAACACUUAAGUCAAGUAAACUAAAUGCACUUGCAUUAUUAAACAGCACGUUACAGCGAUUAACCCGAGAUCCGGAUAUGUACAAACUCUACCAAGAUUUCAUGGACGAAUAUCAGACCUGUGGCCAUAUGGAAGUGGUGCCACACUCGUAUGAUGUAGCUUCAACAUGUUAUCUUCCUCACCAUGGUGUCUAUAAAGCAUCGAGUUCUACAACGAAGCUUCGCGUAGUCUUCAGUGCUUCUAAUAAAUGUUUGAGCGGAAUAUCUCUUAAUGAUUGUCUGCAUAUAGGUCCCAGAUUACAAAAUGAUCUAUCAAAUAUCAUCUUGCAAUGGCGGCAUUACCCUAUAGUGUUUACAGGAGAUAUCGAGAAAAUGUACAGGCAAAUUCUUGUUGAUAGCAAAGAUGUGGAUUUGCAACGAAUAAUGUGGCGCGUUCGACACGGGGACGCCCCUACAACGUUCCGGUUGCUCACUGUAACAUAUGGGACUAAUUGUGCUCCAUAUCUUGCCAUCAAAGUAUUGCGUACUCUGGCAAAAGAGGAGCAAACUCGUUUUCCACGGGCAGCUGAAUCGAUUCUAAAUGAAUUUUACAUUGAUGACGUACUAUCAGGUGGAGACACUCCAAUCGAAGCUGCAGAAAAAUUGCACGAACUUCAGGAGCUUCUAGCAACUGCAGGCUUCACUUUACGUAAAUUUAAUUCGAAUUCAAAUGACGUUUUAAGCACUCUGACUGAGGACGUAAAAGCUCACGCCGACGAUGUGGAAAUUAACACCGAGUAUAAAACUAAGACACUUGGUCUUACUUGGUAUACAAAAUCCGACAGUUUUGGUUACAACGUCAAUGUAACUUGUGACAACCAUCAUUACACAAAACGACUAAUGUUGUCUGACAUAUCGAAGUUAUUUGAUCCACUUGGGUUCUUGGCUCCGGUUAUCAUUCGAGGAAAGAUGUUUCUGCAACAACUCUGGCGUACUGGAUCCGAUUGGGAUGAUCCCUUGUCAAUAGAGAUGGCAAACAUUUGGCAUAACUUUCGUAUUGACUUACAACAAUUACAUCACAUUCGAAUCCCACGUUGGAUAAACACCACUUCGACAAGUGCAAUUGAAUUACACGCAUUUGGUGAUUCAUCAAAUCAAGCAUAUGCGGCUGCAGUGUAUGCGAAAACAACCAUCGGUACGACCAGUUUUGUAAAUUUGCUUAUUAGUAAAACUAAGGUAGCCCCGUUGAAAGAAACGUCUAUACAACGUUUAGAAUUAUGUGCAGCAUUGCUAGCAGCAAAACUUCUACACAAGGUAAAAGGAACAUUUAAGUGUCAACCAUCACGCUGUAUUUUGUGGACUGAUAAUACAACCACACUGUGGUGGAUUAGAACUGAUCCAGGCAAAUUGAAGCAGUUUGUGGCAAACAGAGUGUCACAAAUUCAGUCAAUGACAAAUAUUGAAGACUGGAGGUAUAUUGCAACAAAAGAUAAUCCGGCUGAUUGUGCAUCACGAGGCAGUACCGUUUUGCAACUAAAAGAUAAUCUGAUGUGGUGGUAUGGACCAUCUUGGCUUCGCUUAAAUGAGAAAAUGUGGCCUAACCACCAAAUCAAUCAUACUCCUGACAGUUUACCUGAGAAAAAAGAGAUUAACUCAUUAACUACGCAGUUAUCAACAGAAGUGUGA